AUGCUCUGUGCUUCAGACCGCAAAUUUGCAAAGACCUUCAUCGGUGAUAUUACCUUCGAUAUCCAGAGACAUCAGAAACGCUUUCCUCUUUUUCUCCACCGCAACAUUAUGCGCGUUCUGAAUCACCAUGCGAAGAGGCGUAGACUUGGCUCUCGCUCCUCGGCGGUCAACUUGCAGACCAGCCCAUCCAGGCGGAAAUCCCAGACUGAUCUGGUUACUCCUCCGCCCCGGAGUACGCGGUUACGCGAUCAGCUUAUUGAGAAAUUCCACCAAGAGGAUGCGGAAUUGAUCCUCGAUGUCAGAAGCAUUCGGAGGAAACUCAACUACCGAGAAAACCUGGACCAGCGACCGCUGAAACGGGUCAAACGGGAAGCGGUUGAAUGUAGAUGCUAUCUCGCUGUCUGGGAUAAUCGACAGGGCCAUAGACAGCUGGAGCCAAUCUUGAAGAGAUCUGGGGACUGUGUGGUCACCCCUGCAGACAUAGCCUCGGAUGCUCAUACUGUAGAGAUUGAACUUAAAAGCCCAUUUCGAGUUCCUGCCAAGGAGUUCUUUGUGCCUACCGUCAACCGAGACGGAGAAGUCACGAAAUGGGCGGUUGGGGAUAAAUAUCUGCUGGAGAUCAAGAUCAUCCCUUGCAAUACAUCCGACUUGUGGCCUCCAAUCCCUAUUUUGAGCAAAAGUGAGGAGUCUUUGACGCGCGAUCUGGUGAAGAGAAAGGACCUUUCUUUUACAGAAGGAAUGCUUAUCUCGAACUACACAAACUUGCCUCAUGCGCCGUCCGUGACUGUACCUCUUAACGUCGCGUUUGAUCAGGGCGGCAGGACGUUCAAGACCAAGUAUGGUUUGGAAGUCAACUCCGAAUGGACAUAUCCACAUUAUUAUGAUGCGAAAAUCAAGAGGGAAGAUAGCAUCCUGGCUAAGAAGAUAGAGGAAGAGGGGAAAAUAGACCCUCUGUGCCGAUCGGUUGACAGCUAUCGCACUGUGCAGACUUGCACAUCGCGUAUAAGCAAGCUUGACGAGUCGCCACCAGUUGUGCCCGCUGUUAAAGUCUCUUACAUCUGGGACAUCGAAACCCGGACACCUGUGCCGAGAGAGUCUCGUAUAGCUUCUCUCGAGGGCCUGUACUGCCCAAUCUGCCAGAAUCAAGAAUUUACGGAUUUGAAACAUCUCCAGUUCCACUUCGUCAAUAAUCACGAUAAAUACACAUUCAGCAUUGAAGAUCAGCAGGACGAUGUACAUACCAAAGGUCUGAAGUGCGUCACGUUCAGAGUCGAAGUCGCAGAAGUCGUCCGGCCAAGCGCAGCGAAUCAGGUCAAAGAUGGACAAGAAAUCAGCUGGCAAAGACCUGAACAGCCGUUUGAUAUUGAUGCUUACAUUUCUGGGGAUCAGUCGUGGGUUGGAGCUCUGCCUCGCCGACGUACAGCUGCGGCCCCAGCCCAAUCUCGACCAUUCCAACACACGACCCCAAACACAGUAGCACAGGUAGAAGGGGUAGCUAAACCAAGGAGCACAUUUCGGUCUGCAACAGAAGUGUCCGAAUUACCUCUUCCAGCCCGUAAGAGGUUUUACGUUCCAGUUGCGAGGACAAUGAGGAGAACCUCCUUCUAUCGCUCCAUCAACCAUCGUGCUAUGGAGACCGGGGAAUUGCUGUCUGAGACAGACGACGAUAUAGAUGACGAUUGGUGGAUCAAGAGACAUCGCGACACCAUUGCCGAGACAGAGGAUUUGACAGCAGAAGAGAAGGAGUUCAGACAACGAUGGGAUGCGCAUGUCAUGUCUGAAGGGUGUCCAAGUGCCAGAUAUGUUUCUGAUAUGCUCGUUCGGUUUGUGCGAGGCAACGCUGCUUGGCUGAACGGUGUGAAUGGUAACGGGGACAUGUUAAUUCAAUUUCAGCACCUCAUUUCGUUGCUGAUAGAGAGGGGCCUGAUUGAUGCAAGAGUGGUCAAGGACUGCCAACGAAUCAUUCACGAUGGAGAAGGCCUUGGAAAGAAGCAGGUUCUUCGUCUCACGGCAGAUGUUUCUGACCGGUCAUUCCCAACUGAAGUACUAGCGGCAGGAGAAUCUGGCGAGGUCCAGGACUCCAACCGGAGCCCAGAGCCCUUUCGACAACCAGGAGCGCAGAUUGAGGCGGAAAAGCACAACGCGACCAACGUCAAGAUUACACCUGAUCAAUUCCCUAGCGGAAGGGGGCAUUCGGAAGCCUUAGCGGGAGGACACAGCACAGAUAUCUCUACUCCUGGAUCUGGCCUUACCGGGCUAGAUGAAAUAUCACAGCACUCGCCACCACCUUUAGAAGCCAAGCGAAUUCAGCAUACCAUUGCCAACGGAUGCUGCGCUACCUGCCAUGACUAUAUCUAUCGCCCCAAGAGAAAUGCCAUCACAUGCUCGAAUUUGACAUGCCGUAACGGAGGCAUAUUUCACCACCUCUCCUGCCUCGGUCUGAGCCUCAAGAUCAGCCAAGGCGAACGGCAGACAUUCAAAUGCAAAGACUGCGCCGCAGCUCUGGUGAUCACGUGA